UUGUAAAAGUACACUGAAAUACACAAGGUGCAUAACUUUCAUCUUCCAUCUUUAAAGCCGGUCCUAUCAGUAUAAACGCCAGGCCCUGAUCUGACAUGCAUUGGGCAUCUCUACACAGCUAGAAUUGUGAGACUGUGGACUUGACUUAGGCUAUGGUUCAUAAGUAUGGACCAUACCUGCAUCAUGCUAUGGUCAGGACAGGUCACUCAAGAGGGUGGAACUGACCACACCACCACACACGCCAUCACCAGUUACUACCUGAUGUUGCCAGGUCGGGUGGUUUUCUGCGAAUAUGGGAAAAGUGAAAUUGCAUAUGGUUGUUCUGUCCCCGAGAUAAGAUUACCAUUGCGUGAUGGGUGUGGGUCAUGGUGGACAGUUGAAUCCUGGGUCUGGGUUAAGAUAUGGAUUAUUUUAACAGUCAAACAGCUAGAAAUGCUCUCGUUCACUUAACAAAACUAUCUUCUGGUUGGCCGACGGUGGAUGAAAAUGAAAAUAGACAAAACCUCCUACACACUACUCUAGAUCGAACUUGUUUUAAUGACGUUCAUAAAGACCCUGUGCUUUUUGGCCUUUGCUAUGGAUUGUUAACCAUCUGGCAACCUAGCCCAUUCUUGGAUUACACGACAAUGGGACCUGGGUAUGUAUGCGCUCGGACAGUGGCGAGAACAAGGUCAGAGAAGUAGUGCCCUUCAAAAUAUAGACUAAAUAUACGCGGAAAUCGCCAGGCAAGCAGGUCAUUAUAUUGUUUGUGUUACAUGGUUGUGUUCCCUGCUGCAUUUAUUUUGCUCAACGACCGGGCAUGGUUACCAAGGACGCAGGACUGGAGACGCGCAAGACUGCGGAAUUAAUCCUACAACAAAGGAAAGAGGUAGAUCUGGGCUAUCAAUUGCGCACUUGAGUGAGUGUUGCCCUAAUGGUAACCUCUCGACAAUUAAACAGACGUCUCCGUGCCCUAUGUCAGUGAGAACUUUGAAGGAAAUGAGAUUUAAGCGACGCAAACGGGGACAGAUAGCAAGAAAACGCCGGACGCACACUCGAAAGUAGGCUUGGAGAGGGCGUGAGGUGAACUGUCAUCGCCUAUCCAAUGGAGAAGUAUGAGAAGCUGGCUAAGAUCGGUGAGGGAUCCUACGGCGUUGUUUUUAAAUGCCGCCACCGAGAAACUGGACAGAUCGUGGCCAUUAAAAAGUUUGUAGAGUCAGAAGACGACCCGGUCAUCAAGAAGAUCGCUCUGAGAGAGAUUCGGAUGCUGAAGCAGCUGAAGCAUGUGAAUCUGGUCAACCUGCUGGAGGUCUUCAGGAGGAAGAGACGCCUGCAUCUGGUCUUUGAGUUCUGUGAACAAACCGUCCUCAAUGAGCUGGAUAAACACCCAAGAGGGGUACCAGAGGCCCAACUGAAGAGUAUAGUGUGGCAGACACUCCAGGCUGUCAACUUCUGCCAUAAGCACAACUGCAUCCACCGGGACGUGAAGCCUGAGAACAUCCUGCUGACCAAGACUGGAGUCAUCAAGCUGUGUGACUUCGGCUUCGCUCGCAUCCUCACGGGGCCUGGGGAUGACUACACGGACUACGUGGCAACACGCUGGUACCGCUCGCCAGAGCUGCUGGUUGGCGACACGCAGUACGGCCCGCCGGUGGACGUGUGGGCGCUGGGCUGUGUCUUCGCCGAGCUGCUCAACGGGAACCCGCUCUGGCCUGGGCGCUCCGACGUCGACCAGCUCUACCUCAUCCGCCGCACGCUGGGUGACCUGAUCCCCCGUCACCAGCAGGUGUUCCGCUCCAAUGUCUUCUUCAGCGGAGUCAGCAUCCCAGAGCCGGAUACCAUGGAGCCACUGGAGAAGAGGUUCCAGGGAGUGUCCCCUCAGGCCCUUACUGUUAUGAAGUCCUGUCUGGUGAUGGAUCCGUCUCUGAGAUUGUCCUGCGAGGAGCUGCUGGAGCUGCCCUACUUCCAGGAGGACGGGGCCGCACCUGUUGGGCGCGACAGCGAGAGGACAGGGAGACGCCACGAGAAGGGCUCCCGCCGCCGGGGACCAGGGCCCCAGUACCUGCCGCAGCUUGCUGGGAGUAACGUCUCGCCAGCACCCGAGCACAAGAAACAGGUCAAACCCAAAUACGACCACCACCUACCCAACAUCUAAACACAAGAUGAAACAAGAGAGAGAGACAGAGAGAGAGAGAGAAAGGGAUGAGAGAAGGAUACUGUAAGAGACAUUCUAUGCUGUACAGCCUCGAGGAGAGAAAGUGAGGAGAGGAGUGUACAUUUCAGUGGUUGGAUGCGUGCGUUGGUGCUGUGAGUGCACUUAGCUACUGACGUACAGGAGGAUGCAACCAUGGCCUUAAGUGGGGGCUUGUGUUGCAUUACAGAGAGUUUACUGCUACACUAACAUUAACAAGGCUGUAGUGUACGUAGAGGACCACUGUCCUUGCUGACAGGAAAAUGGAAAUAACAUGAAUGCAAUAACUCACAAUGUAGAAAAUAACACAUACCAUAAUAAAGAAAAUAACAUACAGUAGAAGGGUUUUUAUCAGCCAACAACUAUGCCAGUCCUAAAGACAAAUGGCACAUCUUGUCUGUGUGUAUUAGAUAUGUGUUAUUACUGAAUAAGUAGUUCAGGGUGCUUUGGUUCGAUUUUCUGACUGAAUUUGAUGUGUUUUGGUACCCUUUGCAACUAGUGUAUGUGUUUGUAUGAUGUUGCAGUUUAAGACUUAGAACAGCAUUUUGGUUCUAUUCAUGACUAGAUGAACUGUGCAGAGCAUUGUUGUACCACUUGUGACAGGCUAAUUGUGUGUUUGGUAGUUCAAUUCUGCUGUAUUUUUCAGUGGGUCUCAUUAUCAGAGUAAAAUUAUACAGUACGGUUGCAGGUGGUCCACCAAGCUCUGUGCCUACUGUAAGGGGGUAGCAUGACACAAAGGAUAAAUUAGUGGGCAGUGGGCACCGGCAUCUAAUAUGUAUGAGGAGACAGACAUUUAUUAUUAACAAAAGCAAAAUGCACUUUCACUGAACAAAGCAAAAAGACAACUAUUUUUUUGAAGAAAUUUUUUUUUGAAGUUUGUUUUUUUUUGUAAAAAAAUGGAUUGGUCCAGGAUUACAAUGUAGUCACAUCACAUUCAUAAAAUAAAAGCUGACUUCAUGCAAGAUUGUCUUUUUGUUACAGGUUAACAGCUCAUUAUUUUGUUCCCUGCAUGUAACAUACUAUCACUUUAGUGGAGAGUCAUAAAGUUACAAUGACUUCAGCUGUCACAGGUGGGACGGUAGACUGCAUUAGAGUGACUGAUGUUACGAUCAAAGACCUUCUUGAAAGUAUGGCGAUACCGCAGGGUCCUUCUGACACUUGACAUGACUGC